AUGUCUCCCCAUCGAGAAACCAGCGGGGACGAGAGCACCACCACCACCUCUACCACCACCGGCACGCACCAGAACGGCACUAAUGGCGCUGCUGCUCCCGAGCUUGUAGCGGCGGUUCCUACCAACGGCAAAGCCACAGCGCCCGAGUCUUUAGCCGUCACGAAUGGCGUCAAUUCACGCGUUCAGCCUGUUCAGCGCUCGUCUCAUCUAGUUGCUGCCGAUCUCGACGCCGAAUAUGACCUCGUCUGCGUCGGCUUCGGUCCCGCCAGUCUCUCCGUCGCCGUGGCUCUUCACGAUUCCCUUGACGCAGGCAAGAAACUGCGUCCCGAUGGUUCGGCUCCCAAGGUUCUCUUCCUCGAGAAGCAGACCCGUUUCGCCUGGCAUGCCGGUAUGCUUCUUCCCGGCGCCAAGAUGCAAAUUUCUUUCGUCAAGGACCUGGCCACCCUUCGUGACCCUCGAUCGCAUUUCACCUUUCUCAACUACCUUCACCAACACGACCGCCUGGUGGACUUUACCAAUCUCGGCACAUUUCUCCCAGCUCGCAUCGAAUAUGAAGACUAUAUGAGAUGGUGCUCGUCUCACUUUGAGCAUCUCGUUCAGUACGACCACGAGGUUGUGUCGGUAACGCCAUCAGUCAAAAAGGCCGAUGCUGUCAAGCUCUUCACAGUCGAGGCCCGAAACAAUACGACCGGGCAGAUCCAAACUUUUAGGGGACGAAACGUUUUGCUCGCCACUGGUGGAAAGCCCAGUUUCCCCAAAAGCUUCCCUGUCAAGCACCCUCGUAUCCUACACUCCUCGCAGUACGCCUACAUGGUGCCCAAGAUUCUUACUGACAAGGAUGCCGCCUACAAAGUUGUUGUUGUCGGCGCUGGUCAGAGUGCCGCCGAAAUUUUCCACAACAUUCAGAACCUAUACCCCAACUCAAGUACGCAGCUUGUCAUGCGCCAGGAAUUCCUGAAGCCAAGCGACGACUCACCUUUCGUGAAUUCCAUCUUUAACCCUGAAUACAUUGAUUCCCUGUUCCCCAAGUCGGCCAAGGGUAGAAGCGAGUUCCUCGUUGAUGCCCGCGCCACAAACUAUGGCGUCGUCCGUCUAGAACUGAUUGAAGAACUUUUCGAGCGCAUGUACUCGCAGAAGCGUGUGCUGGGCCCGGAUGAGCGUAAAUGGCCCCAUAGAAUCAUGGGCUGUCGACAGAUCAGCAACAUUGAACCCAACGGGGAGCGCCUCGAGGUCAAGAUUCACAGCCUAGCCGACGGCGUUGUUAACUCUGACGAUGAAGAAAUCCUUUCAGCCGACCUUAUCAUUGCGGCUACUGGGUACCAGCGUAAUGCGCACAUCGAUAUGCUCAAGAGCACUUGGGAUAUGCUGCCCAAGGCUGUCCCGGGAACCGCCAUGUUUAACAAGGGCGUGACCGGAUGGAAUGUCGACACGGAGCAGGGUGAGCGGAAGCUGGCCGUUGGCCGUGAUUACCGCGUCAAGUACAAACCCGGGGCCGUGGCUGCUGAUGCCGGCGUUUGGCUUCAGGGAUGCUGCGAGGGAACCCAUGGACUGAGCGAUACCCUUUUGUCAGUCCUUGCUACAAGGUCCGGUGAAAUUGUUCAGUCCAUUUUUGGAUCUGAGCAACUAUUCUUCGUGAUGUUAUAUUGGUUGGUUGCGGUCUUGGCACGAUUUGUUGUAAAAUUCGAGGCGAGGCUGGAGAUUGGUUGGGUUGCGCGAGAAUCUUUUGGGGUCGAUGAGCUCUUGGCAAAAGUUUCCAGUAAAUCCGAAGCUCGUGUUCGAAUGCCUGAGUGCAUGUGGUUUGUCUUGUUGUCUGAACCCAGGCAGACUCCACAACGGUCGGCCGUAAAACGAACAUGGUGCGAGCGAUUGGCGGCCGUUUAUCGCUGGCUCGACAUACAGGCAGACGUGGAAGGAGAUCAUCGGAGCGAGUACGGCAACGUUGCGGCCGCGUGGCUCGAGAAGCGAGAGCAGGCUGAGCGGCGCCUUGUAGGGCGAGCCGGGACACCCAGACCAGCAAUCAGAAAUCAGAUCAGUCCUGUAGUGCCCUGUGACGCGGCAGGGCAAUCAAGGGCAGAGGACGCGGAGAGGGCGUCAAUAGUCCCUCUUUCCAGGGUGGUUGCUGAUGACGCUGUUUCGGCCGCGGGUAUUUUUUUGUUGCUGGUGCCCCACCAAAUUGAAGGCGGGGGGACGGAGUCAAUACUAGAAGCGAGGCUCUAUGGCACGAGUCGAUUAAAUCUCCCGACUUGGCCGACAAGAACAUGUCUUGAACUAUCCGUAUUGUUUAGAGAUAUGGCUUUGCACCAAGACAGUCUCAACUGGGCUGCCAGUUGCCAUGCAGACGCCACCAAGCAUGUUCCCGCGUAA